AUGUUCAAGGCACCAGCCCUCAGGGCUUAUUCUGCGCUUUCCAAGCGUUCUAAAAAGGUCAAGGUACAACUGCUGAAAGAUUUCCCCCAAUUCCAGCUUUACAAAGGCCAAGUUACACAAGUUAGUCCAUCGCUCAUGAGAAACUACCUUCACUUGAGCAACGGUGCUCGCUACAUUCUCCAUGAAGAGGAAAUUGAUGAGGGGCUGCGUGCAGAAAGUAUAGCCGCUGCAGCGGCUAGGGCAACAUCUGUUCAGAAGGCAGUUAAAAGGCAAAUCGAAGCGGCUGCUGAAAAGAUCAAGGGAAACGAUGCUAAGGAAAGCGAGAAGACGAAGGAAAGCGAGAAGCCUGACGCCGAGAAGCAAGCGCCAAGGGUUUUUAACAGCGGCGUAACUAUUAACGAUGUUAAGAUCCCAGGACUCGAUAUCUAG